UCUAUAUAUCUCACUGCAGCAUCGAAUAAAACGUUCGCCUUUAGCCAGACGUAAAGCGUCAGUAAGGGCGCAGCUUUGAGAAGUGGUUUGACGCACCGCUGAUAAUUAUCCACCACCACAAAGGGUUAAAUGAGGGGCGUCGCCUCCGCUGCUCUGCUCUGGCGGAUGCUGGCCGGAUGCAGGUGAUGCCCGAUGUGCCAAGCAGUCUCAGCAUCCUCCGAGUCCGACCAAACGGGGUGCGGUCACGCCACACCAGUCUCCAAAUCGGAGAAAUUGCUAAAUCGGUGAGUCAAUUCAGAGCUACGAUGCAACCAGGAGCACGAUAAUUUAUUCAAACAGAACGCACAUAACGCGGGCAUUGUUCUCUCUUGUAGAAAUGAGAUCGAGUCUUUGAGGCAAAGAAUACAGUACCAGAGACGAACCGGAAGAGUGCUGGGCAAGCAUUAUUCAUUUAUACCGUGAGAUUUACCACAGGAAUUGCGCUAUUCAAUAGCCUAUAGUGCGGUCGUGGCAAAGUCUGCUAAGUGAUUCUACCAUUGCUCUAAGCAAUCAUGGCAUGGCCCUGUAUCACAAGGGCUUGCUGCAUUAACCGCUUCUGGAGUGAGUUAGAUAAAGCAGACAUUGCGGUGCCUUUGGUCUUCACGAAAUACUCCGAUGUGGCCGAAGUGCAGCAUGUGCACCCGCAGCGGCAGCCUCGAGACCGGUCAGUCGCCAUAGAGACGCAGGCUCCCGCUAGCGAGCAGGAGUCAGCGCCGCCGAAGAGUGCCGCAUUGGGUGAUGGAGGCUCCAGCUCGUCCGUGAUGCGUCAGGACUUUAAGGCUUGGAAGGUGCGCCCAGAGCGAAGCUGCAAGCCCCGCAACCAGUACCACCCCUCUGAGGCCCCUUUCAACAACGAAUCCCAGUACCAAAAGGAUUACAAGCCAUGGCCCAUCCCCAAGAAGGGCGACCACCCCUGGAUCCCCAAAGCUAGCCCCACCAAGUCCGCCUCAGACAGCGCAGUGCCCUCUGCCAAAGAGAAGGCUGUCGCGGAGGUGGACACAGGCGUGGAGAAAUGCGAGAUUGAGGAGAAACAGCAGGAGAAGGAGAAACCCAAGGAGAGGGAGAAAAAAGUGGUGAAGAAGGAGACAGAGGCAGAGAAGAGUAGUAAGCAGGAGCCAGAGGAGAAGGCUCCGGAGGGGAAAGCACCUGAGGGGAAAGGCAGGGCUGCUGCAGACGCACUCAACAGACAGAUCAAACAGGACGCCACCACUGGAAGCUCCUACAGGACGGAGUUCAAGGCCUACACUGACGUGAAGCCAGUGAGGCCCAUCCGAGCCAAGUCCCAGUACAAAAUGCCCACCACGGAGAAGGCCAGCCUGGAGACCAGCUACAGCGCCACCUUCAGGGGGGAGCAGGGAGUGCCGCAGGACAACAAGCAGCUGGACCGCCGCCGGAUACGCAGCCUCUACAAUGAGCCCAGGAAGGACGCCAAGGUGGAGAAGACCGGCAGCCUGCAGUCCAAACCCAAAAAGAGCACCACAUCCACAAGCCACAGCAAACAGGUGAGAAAGGCCAAAGACAAGCAGAAGGACAAGGAUAAAGACAAGGAGAAGGAGAAGAAGGAGAAGGAGAAGGAUGGGAUCCUGACGACCAAGAAGAAGAGCUCCGUGACCAGCCUCCAGUCUGACCCCGUCGCUGCCCCCCCCACCACCACCGCCACCACCGCUGCCACGGUCAGCAAACAGAGCAAAGAGAUGAUCAACAGACUGGCCAACGAGGGCAAGGAGUGAUGCCACCGCACUUUUCAUACACUGAUGUGGGGGGUCAGGUGAUGUUGUGGUGGCACAGAGGGAGUUCCUCUGCCCACCUCUGAGCUCUCCUGCCCUCGUCUGCCAGCUAACCACCCCCUCCCCCUCUUCUCUCCCUUCUUCUCUCUCCUCUCCUUUACACUCUUCUCCACUCUCCUUUCCUUCCUCUCAUCUUCUCUCCUCCUCUCAUUUCCCUCCUCUCUCCCUUUUAUCUCCUCUAUUCUCCUCUCCUCUAAUUUCCUCUCCUCUCCUCUCCUCU